AUGAGUCGCUUUUCUCUUGAGGCCUGGCGCCGCUUUGGCCCCAAAAACCUCAUCAGGCGCCUUCGCCUCAAAAUCCGCAGCAGCAGCAGCAGCAGCAGCAGCAGCAGCAUCAGAAGCUUAAGCAGGGAGGAAAAGCUGCAGUAUCUGCUGCGCAGCCCGUUGCUGUUUAUAGGCGGCCUCUUUUACCUGUUUUGUCUGCCCUCAUGGCCGCACUCCACAGAAGUUGAAGAGCAUGCAUUUGCUGCUGGGCAGCAUGCAGCAGCAAUCCGGAAGCCUGCGACUCCUUUUGCUGCUGCUGUUCUUUCGCUGGCCUCAUUUGUCUACCUCAGACUCGAGGCAGCAGCAGCAGCAGCAGCAGCUGUUCCUGCUGCUGCAGCAGCAAGUCAUGCUGCUGCUGCACCCUCGCCCUGCUUCUCUGGCCCCCUCAAGCCAUCUCGCUAUCCCUUCAUCUUUUUGCCAGAAAGCAGCUUACGCCCAAGGAUGCAGCAGCAGCAGCAGCAGCAGCAGCAGCUGCAGCAGCAGCAAUGCACAGAGCAGCAGGCGCCUGCUGCUCUGCGUGAGCUGCAUGCGCUGUUUGCUGCUCUGCAGCUUGAGUCUUCCUUGCAGCCAUUUUACCUGGUGGAGUCUUCAGAUGCUGCAGCAGCAGCAGGAGGCACUGCAGCAGCAGCAGCAGCAGCAGCAGGAGCAGCAGCAGCUCCGCCAGCUGCUGCCACGCUGCACUUCAACUUUGUUGCAGUUGCCCGAAGCAGCAGAGGGGAUGGACAGGAAGCAAUUUUGUUUCCCUUUCUGUAUGACUUCAAUGACCCGAUUGCCGAGCCUGCUGCAGCAGCAGCAGCAGCAGCAACAGCAACAACGGAAGCAAGUGCAGCUGCACCCAGGGCGGGCGCAGCAGCAGCAGCAGCAUUUGCUGCUGUGGUGCAGCACCUGCUGAAAGCAGCAAACAUAAACGGCGCAGCAGAAGCCUCCGCCCCAGCAGCAGCACUCAGCAGGUUUGCUGCUGCUGACUGGCUGCUGCUGCUGCAGCAGCUGCCGCCACUAGACGGGCUUAUGCAAGGAAUGAAGCAAGAAGGCGUGCGGGUGUCUGCUCGAGUUGCUGCUGCUGCUGCUGCUGCACUUACUGUGCAGCUGCAGCAGCACUCUCCGUGGCUAGCCAAGGACGUCAUCAUUGUUGUUGCAGAUAGGCAGCUGCCUUAUGCUGCAGGCCUGCGUGCUUUUGCUGAGUACUACUUCAGGGGGGCCUCUGGGGGCCUUCGGCAGCCACCAGGGGGGGGCCCCUGGGGGCCCCCAGUUCCUGUGCAUGUGGGUACUGUGCUGGAGCUGAGCAGCUACGUCCCUGUAGACGCUGCGCUUCCUGCUGCUGCUGCUGCAGCAGCAGCAGCAGAAGCAGCAGCGGCGUUUCAAAGGGAAACAGAUAGGAUCGAGGCAGACACAGAUGAAGCAGCAGCAGCAGCGGCAGCAGCUGCUGCUAAUGCUGCCUCGCUCUCAGCAGGCGCCCGCUGGACGGACCCGCAUGUGCUUCCGCGCAAGCUGACGCUGCAGCAGCUGGCGCCGCUGCAGCUGUUGCUGCAGCAGCAGCAGGAGCAACAGGGGCAGCAGCAGCAGCAGCAGCAGCACCAUAUUCGCGGCGACUUAGUGCUGCCCGACUUCGGCUCUUUAAGCUUUGUCCAUGUUGACUUCGAAGGUGCCGACGGGCAGGUAGCGAACGAAGACAUAGCAAAUGUUUUGAUAAUGGAGGCUCGCAGCGAAGCCGUUCCCAUGACUCUGCGCAGCUUUUGGGAACAGGUUUGGCGGCCUGCGAUUGGCGCGGGAGCCCACACUUCUGUGGAGCCCCUUUUGCGGGAAGGCAUAAACGCUGCAGCAGCAGUUGUGCACCCGAGUUUGCCUGGCGGCUCUUCUUCGUUUUCUUGGGCUGCGCUGCUCGCGAUGAUGGAGCGCAUGGCUCACUCCUGCAGCAAUGUUGAAUCUUCUUUGUUUCGCUCAUUUGCAAGUUACUUUUUCAUCAGCAGAAAUACUCAUGUCUCAGGGGGCACUUUCAUUUUCAUCACGCCUCUUCUAGUCCUCUCUCUAGCCCUCCCACUGCUGGCUUCUCGCGUGGUUUCCGAUUUCCGCAUCUUCGCCAUCGGCAUAUUGAGUGUUGCUGCAGCAGUUGCUGCUGCACUUCCUGACAAGUUUGGUCUCUUCUUAUUCGGCAAAUCUGCUGCCCCUCUCUGCACCCAGUGGGACCCGCGUGACCUCGUAGCUUACGCACAGAAAGCCGCCAUUUGGCUGUACCUUGCAGUCCCUGCGUACGUACUGCUGCUGGUGCUGCUGGUCUACUUUGCCCGCCGCAUUCGGCGCAUGCAGCUCCAAGCGGGAGAGCACGAGUCGCAGCAAAGCGACCCUGGCGCUCUCUUUGUCGCGCCCAGUACACCUGAACGAAUCAAAGCAGCAACAUAUGCAGAAAUAUUCGACAAGGCAGCAAAUAAAGCAGCAGCAGCAGGAGUCCCACGAGGCGCAGCUGCCGAUGCCGCAGCAGGAGCAGCAGCAGCAGGAGUCCCACGAGGCGCAGCUGCAGAUGCCGCAGCAGGAGCAGCAGCAGACUCAGCAGCAGCAGACGCGGCGUCAAGCGCUGCAGCAGUACGCUCGAGUCCGGAAGCAGCGGAUGCUGACGGUGCUGCAGUUCAGCUGAGCCCGCAGCAGCAAGCCCAGCAGCAGAAAGAGCAGCAGCAGCAGGAGGAGCUGCAGCAGCAAAUCCAGAUGGAAGCAGCAAACGUGAUUCUUGACAAUUGGCUGCCACCUUCUGUUCCUCCGCCGGUUUGGAUUUGCUUGCGCGCCUGCUGCAGGUUUUAUCUGGUGGUCAUCAUGUUAACGCUACUUCCGUGCAAUGUGUCCCUGUCUUGGCUGCUGGGAGUGCUGCUGCUGCCGCCGCUGCAGCUGCUGCAGCCCAUUUUGGCCGGCUCCGCCAGCAAGUGUCAGCAGCAGCGGCAGCAGCAGCAGCAGCAGCAGCAGCAGGAAAAAACAAAGUCUAAGGCAGAUGCCAAGGAGAUUGAGAUGGACGACGUCCACAAGAUAAGAGGCGAUGCUGCUAAUAUGCUGGAGCAGCAGCAGAAGCAGCAAAAGCGAAUUCGCCGGUGGCUGCUGCUUAGAAAGGCAGCACUGCUGCUUUCCGUGCUGCUGCUUGUCUUGCUGUUCACAGACUUCACGCUGCUGUCGGUAAGCUUUCCUGCCGCGGGUGCUGCUGCUGCUGCUGCUGCCGCUGUUACCGUUGCUGCUGCUGCUGCUGCUGCUGCUGCAGGGGGAAGUUGCUUGAUUGCAUGCGUUUGUGAGCAGCCAGUGCGGCAACGUCUGUUUGAAGUUGCAACAGAUUACGCUAUGGAAGGUGCUGCUGCUCUCAGCAACAGCAAGUUCCCGUCCCCGGAACUGCUGCUGCAGUGGCUUGGGUCGGGGGUGCUGCAGCAGCAGCAGCUGCAGCAGCACCACAUGCCUUUCAAUGCCGAAGCUUCUGCUGCUGCUGGUGAUGCCUUUGCACCCGCACUUGUUGGCUCUGCUGCAGUUCCUGCAGCUUGGAGCGACUGGCAGCAGCAGCAGCAGCAGCAGCACCGGGAGCAGCUGCAGCUGUUGAAGCUGCCUCUCGCGUGGCAGCUGCUGCCCAAGCACCCCAACAGCUUGCUGCUGCUGCUGUACGGCUUAGGGCGCGAUGCUGUGUGCAUCGGCAGCAGCACUUUUGCAUUAUUUGUUUUUGGUUUGCUGCCACUUUGUUUUUUCUUUACUGUGCUUCUGUUUCUGCCUUCGUGA